CACUUGUCGACUGAGACUCCAGACUGAGGCUCAGGCUGGUUUGUGGCUCGGGAAGGUUUAGGGCAGCGCAACAUGUUCUAAAGUGGACAUGUGAGAUCCCUUCAUUGAUUGAUGGGUGGUUCUACAUCAGCUUUUUAUCCUCCAUCUUCAUCUUCCUCACAAUGUCCAACGACAGCUGUGGCCUCCCCUUUGACUCGGACACGUUGGGUCUGACCUGCAUCUACAGCAUCAUCUUCUCCGUGGCUCUGCCCAGCAACCUGCUGUCUCUCUGGGGUCUGUACCAGCUGGGCCGCGCCGGUGUGGGAGGCUGUCAGCUGGUCCACAUUCUCAACCUGCUGCUCUCAGACCUGCUGCAGCUCCUCACGCUGCCACUGUGGAUCCUCUACCUGCAGGGGGGGCACCGCUGGCCCUAUGGACAGCUUACUUGUGAGCUGGUGGGUUACGUGUUCUAUGUCAACGUGUAUGCGAGCGUCAUGUUCCUGUGUCUGAUAGCGUUGGACCGCUGCCUUGCCAUUGUGUACCCGCUGAGCAGCCGCCGGCUGAGGACAGUUCGGGUGGCAGCGCUGGUGGGCAUGGCAGUGUGGUGUGUCACUUUCCUGUUCUGCUUGCUUGGACUGCUGCCGUCUGUGUUCGAUGCCGGCAGCCUGUUGUGUUUGGAGCAGUAUCCAGUCAGUACCAAGUAUGCCCACUUCAAGAUCAUCACAGUGGCGCUGGGCUUCCUGCUGCCAUGCUGCAUCCUCGGCUACAGCUCCGCCCACAUUGGCGUAACACUCCGGCGCUCCCCCUCCCUCUCUGACCACGAGCGGCACAAGAUUGUGGGGAUCCUCAUCAUCAUCACCAUCAACUUCAUCGCCGUGUUCGGACCGUACCAUCUGGUGGGAGGCUACAGGUUUGUCAGCCUCCUCCUGACAGACCAACCGUGUAAACUGGAGCGCUCCAUCUUUCUGGUCUACCGCCUCUGCUACGGCUUCACCAGCUUCAAUCUCGUCCUGGAUCCUCUUUUCUACAUUUUUCUGUGUCCUGAUGCCCGAGUGGAGCUGAGAAAGUCGCUACCCUGUUUUGGAAGAGUCUGCAGGCGAGGGGAGGCCCCACAAGGCCAGGACGCCCUUAGACACAACCACUUUCCAGGGAUAUAACAUAUGAUAUGUUUGGGUCAACUUUCAGAUAGCUUAUCAUCUCAGACCAUGCUUUUAGGAACCGUUUGCCACUAUUUGCGAAUCACAGGACACGUGCAGGACGAAGAACCAUUCAGGUUUGUGGAUGUUAAGAGGAUAUGAGCGACUCAGCGGAUGAUCAACAUAGGCUACUAUUACCUUCAUUGUCAAGUCUUUUGGGACAAUAUAUAUUACUUGGGUAGCAUUCAUUUCAAGAGAAGAGCAACAUGAAGUGGCAAGGACAGGCAGUCCACAGCAAAUGUGAGAUGGAUCGCAGUAAUGCAGUCUGCCGAGUGUGGUUUAUUGUGGUUAGUAACAGCUCAACGCAGCGAUGGUCCAGUGGGGGGAGCUAUGGCAGUCAGCUUUGGCACUUUCUGAGGGGUCUGCGGUGAUGUCACCUCCCCUAUUCCUUGCAAACCGUAUAGAGGUAGUGAGUAGAGGGCAGGUUGGUGGAGAAUAAUCUUCCCUCCAGUCCUGCUGUCUUUUGCUGUCUAUUGUUCUCCUGGUGAAUGACCGAGCCCAACCAGAUGGUGGACUCGUUGACCUGAUUCAGCAACAGGUGUCUCCACUUCACUAGUCGACUCCUGUCAGCCAGGCUGCUCUAAUGCCGCAGUAACAGUAAGUAGUUGCUAACCUUGUGUCCCCUCAUGUCCAGCUUUACUCUCGAGCAGCCCGAGGCUGCGGGUCAGCAGGGGGAACUGGAAAGGUCACUUUUGUGAGGCAGCCAUUGUCCAAUAAGCAAAGACUCAAAACCAAGGUAAAACUAUUCAUGGUUUGAGCUAGAUGUUUAUACUGGUGGUAUACAGAUGUUCCUGGUCCACUGAUCCCACUGAUGCACAAGACACGUGGCAGCUAGGAUGAUAACAACAACAACAAACAUGGAGGAAUCCCUGAUCCAAAGCAAACAAAAGCAUCUGUUUGCCUUUGUUCGGGGAUGUUUUUCUCUACACAAUGGCCAUGGUUUCCACUACUCUGAAUGUACUUGAAAUACUUGUAACAUUGAAAUUCAUGUGCGAAUAAAAAGACAUGAAAAGAGCUUAGUUUAAAUAAGGUGAUAUAAAAACUUCCACUAUUGUGAUGUAUUGUUCUAUUGUCAAAGUGAUGCAAAAUAAAUAAAUAUUUUGUUGCUUAAAUGUAUUUAUGGGUCCAUUGAUUCAGUAAUA